CAGAAACUCGCGGCUCAGCAGGUUUAUGUCACAAGCCGAUACAGGAAGUCCCCCGGCAACUACUAGCCAGCUAAACCACAGCCAUGAUGGAACAGCUUAUGGGGUAGAAAGUGUCGUCGUGCCGUAAAGAAGUGAUUUCAUGUUGUCUGGAUAGGUAAAAACGAGUGGUAACAAGAUGGAAGGAACUGUCGCAGUCGUAUUUUUGUCGCUCCUUUGUUUAGCGUCGGAGAUAAAUGGCCAGGAAGCGAUCUCGCAUAUUUCAAAUGGAGAUACAGAGAGGGAGUUCUGCAUUGUUCACAAUCACUCUUGGACCCCACUGGCACAGUCACUGAAUUCUGCAAUGGAGUACCAGUUGGUGAAUAUGACUUCCUCUCUGCUGUGUGACAGCUCAGGGAUCAAUGCAUCUUCAGUAAUGGGCAAGGCUCUGGUGGUGAUGAGGGGCAACUGUGAUUUCAGCCAGAAGGCCCUUAUCGCUCAGGGACUUGGAGCGAUGGCUUUGCUCAUUGCCAGCAAUAAAACGCUGACAAUCCCAUCAGCCAACGAGUCGGAGUACGCGAAGGUCAAUAUUUCUCUCGCUCUCAUGAGGUACAAGGAUUUCCUGGAAGCUUGGCAGGUCUUCGGGAAUGAGAUGCAGGUGAAGCUGUAUGCUCCACCUUCCACAAAGAUCGAUCCAAGCAUUGCAGUCAUCCUGCUGAUUUCCAUUGGCACAGUUGUUUUGGGCGGCUACUGGAGCGGGGCGUGUGAGAGGGAACGGUUGAAUAGCGGUGCGUCUGGAGGAGGAGGAGGAGGAGGAGAAAGCAAAGCAGACAGUGGAGAGCUUUCACUGUACUCUCCUCUCAAAGUGGUUAUCUUUGUUGCCUUGAUGUGCGGGAUGCUCGUCCUCAUGUACUUCUUCUACAAAGUUCUCGUUUACGUCAUUAUUGUUAUCUUCUGCCUGGCAUCUGCCUCUGCGCUCUAUAGCUGUUUUGAUGCAGUGAUGGACAAAAUCGGUUGCGGCACUUUAAGGUUCUCUGUCCGGAAUUGGAACUUUUCAGUGAGGUCUCUCUUGUUGGCUGCUGUGUGCAUUAGCAUUUCUGUGGUCUGGGGAGUGUACAGAAAUGAAGACAGAUGGAUCUGGAUUCUGCAGGACCUCCUUGGCAUUGCUUUCUGCCUCAACUUCAUGAAGACAAUUUCACUGUCCAAUUUCAAGAUCUGUGUGAUUCUUCUGAGCCUCCUGCUUGUAUAUGAUGUCUUCUUUGUUUUCAUCACUCCUUUCUUCACUAAGAAUGGAGUAAGCAUCAUGGUGCAGGUUGCCCUGGGCCCAGAUGCAUCUGGAGAGAAGACACAAGGUGUGGAGAUCCCCGCUGAACCCCAGCCUCCCUCUGAGAAACUUCCUGUGGUGAUGCGUGUCCCGCGUCUCUUAGCUUGGGCUCAGAACCUGUGUAUGAUGCAGUUCUCCAUCCUGGGUUACGGCGACAUCAUUGUCCCAGGUCUUUUGGUUGCCUACUGCAGCAGGUUUGAUGUUUGGAUCAAGAGCAAGAGGAAAGUCUACUUCGUCAGUUGCUGCAUAGCCUAUUUCCUGGGAAUGAUACUGACAUUCAUCGUGAUGUUGCUGUCAGGAAUGGGACAGCCUGCUCUGCUUUACUUAGUGCCCUUCACUGUGAUAACUUCUGCUGUGGUGGCAGGCUGCAGGGGGGAGAUGAAGCAGUUCUGGGCUGGAACCACAUACCAGGUCUUGGACUCAUCCAGGGAACCUUUGCUGCCAGAGAAAAGAACUGACCGAUCCGUAGACGGCGAAAGAUGCUGACUUACAGUGUUGAAUAUGGACUCUCUUCUUUGUCUUUUUUAAAAUCUCAAUUUAAUUUUACAUUUGCAAAGCAAGGGAACACAUGUUAUUGAUCAAAUGAUCCUUCAAGCAGUACAUUUUGAUUGAUGUGAAAGGUAAAUGAAUGCUGUGUAGAUGCAACUGAGAUAUUAAAGUGAUUAAAAACACAUGCUUAGCGCCUGAAAGUUCUGUCAGGUUCACUUUGAGAAAAACAUAAUGACAACUUUGCCUUGGUGAUGAUUGAGAAUAAGAACGCACUUUAUAAUAUUCAGCUUGGCAGUUGUUACAUCAUUGGGAAUGGGUUUGGGCUUUAAAUUACUUGUAGCUAUUUUGAUAACUAGGGUUUGUGUGUAACCUGUUUGUAAGAUGUGAUUUCUUUCGUUGCCUUAUAUUAAAUAAAAAAACGAAUUGUAUUUCA